CCAGCCCAGCCCCUCCCUGCCCGAGGCACCCACCCUGCGCCGCGCAGCUCCGGUCUGCACCAGCCUUUGCACCAGCCACGCGAAGGUGAUCCAGAGUCAAGAUGGCCGUCCUCUCUAAGGAAUACGGUUUCGUGCUUCUAACUGGUGCUGCCAGCUUUGUCAUGGUGGCUCAUCUGGCCAUCAAUGUUUCCAAGGCCCGCAGGAAGUACAAGGUGGAGUAUCCUACCAUGUACAGCACAGACCCUGAAAACGGGCACCUCUUCAACUGCAUUCAGCGAGCCCACCAGAACACGUUGGAGGUAUAUCCUCCCUUCUUAUUUUUUCUAGCUGUUGGAGGCGUGUACCACCCGGUAACGUAUAGUUUCUGGCUUGGGCUUGGCCUGGAUUAUUGGACGAGUUCUUUACGCUUAUGGCUAUUACACAGGAGAACCCAGCAAGCGGAGCCGAGGCGCCCUGGGGUCCAUCGCCCUCAUUGGCUUGAUGGGCACAACUGUGUGCUCUGCCUUCCAGCAUCUUGGCUGGAUUAAGCCUGGCCUUCACAGCGGGGCCAAGUGCUGCCAUUAAAGAAUUACAGGGGUUUAAGAGCUCUCAUUCGUGUUGAAUGACUUACCUUUAUUUCCAGUUACACUUUUUUUCUAAAUAUAAUAAAAACUUGCCUGGCAUCAGCCUCAUACUUAAA